AAAUUUAGUCACUGAAAAAAAUACUUCAAACCAACUUUUGGUUUUAAAUCAGUUUCUAGCUUAUUUUAGACUUUAAGUUGACUUCAGACUUAUUACACAACACAUAUUUUUCAACGAGAGGUUUUAAGCCUAGACAAUCACCCUCUGGGUCAGCUGGUCUCGUGAUACCAUCAGUAUAAUCUAAAGUUAGUAGUAACCCUGAUCACUUGGGGUUCAAAACUCUAUAAAACACACUUGAGAGUCCGUGUUUUUUCUCUUUUUGAGCGUUGAACAAUUAAGUUGACUACCCGAGAAUAUAUAGCAUUACUUAACACCUGAAGUAGCUCACUCAGUGAAGAUAGAAAUGGAGUCCGUAAGGCUUUUAGUGCUGAUGAUCACAAGUCUUGUCCUGCUUUUGCACAACUCAUGUGCUCUUGCUGUUCAUCACCAAGGAAGGAAACUGAAGGGGAACACUCUGAUGACUAGCCAAGAAAAUUUAGCACCUGCUAAAAUGGGACUUGUUCAUCGCCAUUCUUCAUCUGGUGCUCUCGGAGGAAACCAGCACCAAUGGAAAUACCAGGAUGGUAAAGCCUCAGAGGGAAAGACAAGACAUUCAAGUGAGAAAAAGGAAAGACAUGUUAGUACUGAGGAGGCAAAUGAAAGGGAGUUCAUGAAAAUGAUGCGCAGGGAUUAUGGACGCAGAGGAAAGAGUACAGGAAGACGCAAACCUCCCAUCAACAACCACAACCAUAAGCACUGAUCUCAUCUGAUCUUGCUCUAGACAGUUAGGUUUAGGCUCACAAUUUUGACCCCCAGCAGUGAACUUACCCCUAACACCAUCUCUUUGUUUCUUUUGUUCUCUUGAUGCUACAGACAGUAAGCUAUCAUAAUGUUGUGGUUUUUCACUAGCUCUUGGCCAAGCUCUGAAAUAAGUAGUUGCUACUUUGUACAUUACAUAUGGCCAUGUGGGCUAUAAACCCUAUAAUAUAAUCAACUGUAUUUCUACCA